AUGUCUUCCACAGUCCCCGUCCCCAAAGAUUUCAACGCCUGCUUGUACACUUCGCUGGCAGAGGCUGACCCCGAAGUCAACAAGAUCAUCGAAGAUGAGACUUGGCGACAGUUCUCUGGUCUCGAGCUCAUCGCCUCCGAGAACUUGACCUCUCUGGCCGUCAUGGAAGCCAACGGAUCCAUCUUGACGAACAAAUACUCUGAAGGUCUUCCAGGUGCCCGAUACUACGGUGGUAACGAGCACAUUGACAUUCUCGAGAACCUCUGUCGAGACCGAGCUCUCAAGGCUUUCAACCUUGACCCCAAGAUCUGGGGUGUCAACGUUCAGCCCUACGCCGGUUCCACUGCCAACUUCGCCGCCUUCACCGCUCUCAUCCAGCCCCAAGACAGAAUCAUGGGUCUUGGUCUCCCCGACGGUGGACACUUGACUCACGGUUACUACACUGCCAAGAAGAAGAUCACCGCUUCCUCCAUCUACUUCCAAUCCUUCCCUUAUCAGGUUGACACCAAGACCGGUCUCAUCGACUACGACCGAUUGGAAACCAAUGCCAAUCUCUUCAAGCCCAGACUCGUCAUCUGCGGUGCCUCUGCCUACCCUCGGGACUGGGACUACGCUCGACUCAGAGCCAUUGCUGAUGCUCAAGGCGCCUACCUCAUGAUGGACAUGGCUCAUAUCUCUGGUCUCGUCGCUGCCGCCGAGCAAAACUCUCCUUUCGAGGUCUGUGACGUCGUCACUACCACCACACACAAGACCUUGCGAGGUCCUCGAGCCGGUCUUAUCUUCUUCCGAAAGGACAAGGAGGCCGACAUUGAGGCCAGAAUCAACGCUUCCGUCUUCCCCGCUUGCCAGGGUGGUCCCCACAACAACACCAUUGCCGGUAUCGCCGUCGCUCUCAAGCAAGCUGCCGACCCUGCUUUCAAGGCUUAUGCCAAGCAGGUCCGAGCCAAUGCCGCUGCGAUGGCUGCCGUUCUCUUCAAGCACGGCUACCGCCUGCAAACCGAUGGUACUGAGAACCACUUGGUACUCUGGGAUCUCCGUCCUCUCGGCUUGACCGGAUCCAAGGUUGAGAAGAUUUGUGACGCCGCCCACAUCACACUCAACAAAAACGCUGUUGCUGGUGACAAAUCCGCUCAGGUUCCAGGUGGUGUUCGCAUCGGUGCUUCUGCCCUUACCUCCCGAUCUAUGGUUGAGAAGGAUGUCGAGCAAGUCGCCGAGUUCCUGCACCGAGUCGUCCAGAUCUCCCUCACCACCCAGAAAGAGGCUGGAUCCAAACUCCUGAAGGACUUCGUAACGGCGUACGAAUCUGGCAAUGGUGAAGCCCCCAAACUCAUCGCCGAGCUCAAGAAGGACGUCAUGAAGUUCGCUACCGGGUUCCCUCUCCCUGGUGUCCCUGACACUUCCGUCAUCAAGCGACCAGCUGGUGUCGACCUCUAA